CCUCCGCUUUCACUUUCGCUUCCGCCGCGAGCGGGUCCCGCGGCCCCACUAUGGACGACCCGGACUGCGACUCCACCUGGGAGGAAGACGAGGACGCGGAGGGCGGCGAGGACGGCCUGGCGGGCGACGCGGACGCGGGGGACGAGGACGAGGACGCGGAGGGGCCGCGGGCCGGCGCGCUCCAGUCCAGGAUGACAGGGUCCCGCAACUGGCGAGCCAUGCAGGAUAUGCGCAGAUAUCGGCACCACUACCCGGAUCUGGUGGAACAAGACUGCAACGGUGACAUGCCCAACCUGAGUUUCUACAAAAACGAGAUCUGCUUCCUGCCCAACGGAUGUUUCAUUGAGGACAUUCUUCAGAACUGGAGGGACAACUAUGAUCUCCUUGAGGACAACCACUCCUACAUCCAGUGGCUGUUUCCUCUGAGGGAACCGGGAGUGAACUGGCACGCCAAGCCCCUCACACUCAAGGAGGUCCAGGCAUUCAAAAGCUCCGAGGAGGUCAAAGAGCGGUUUGUCCAGGCCUAUGAGCUCAUGCUGGGUUUCUACGGGAUCCAGCUUCAGGACCGGAACACUGGUGCUGUGUGCAGAGCACAGAACUACCACAGUCGCUUCCAGAACCUGAACUGGCACAGCCACAACAACCUGCGCAUCACGCGCAUCCUCAAGUCGCUGGGCGAGCUGGGCCUGGAGCACUACCAGGCCCCGCUGGCACGCUUCUUCCUGGAGGAGACACUGGUGCGGCGAGAGCUGCCUGGCGUGCGCCAGAGCGCCCUGGACUACUUCCUGUUCGCCGUGCGCUCGCGGCGCCAGCGCCGGGAGCUGGUGCACUUCGCCUGGGAGCACUUCCGGCCUCGCUGCAAGUUCGUCUGGGGGCCACACGACAAGCUGCAGCGGUUUAGGCCCCAGGCCUCACUUCAGCCGCUGGUGGCCCCCAGGCAGGCAGGGGGGGAUGAGGGCCUCCAGGACCAGACCUGUGAUCAGGGGAGGGACCCUGGCGGGGACGGGGUGUCCACUCAGGCUCCCCAGCCACUGAGCGUGAAGCACCAGGAUGCAGGAGCCCUGGAGGGGGACCAGGGGGAUGAGGCUGAGCCCCCAAGUCCCAAAGAGAGCAAGAAGAGGAAGUUGGAGGCAAACAGGCGGGAGCAGGCCCCGGGGGAGCCAGGCCCCCAGAGCCCCUCCGAGGUGGAGAAGAUAGCUCUGAACCUGGAGGGCUGCGCCCUCAGCCAGGGCAGCCAGGACCCCGGGGAGAUGGAGCAGCCCUGCCCCCAGCCUCCCGCGGCCAGAGUGGCCGAUGAGGUGAGGAAACGGAGGAAGGUGGAGGAGGGUGCUGGGGAUGAAACAGUGGUCGACAGCACCCCAGUGCCGGCCUCCACCCCAUCCCAGUGCUGCAGGGCCCAAAGGGGUGGAGGCGAGGUGGAGGAGGACCCACAAAACCAGGGGGCGCCCCCACAGGGUGCCUGUGGGAGCCCACCGGAGGGCCCAGGGUCUGCCACCACGGGGACCUCCGUGGAUGUGAGCGGGGAGGCAGCAGGGACAGACCCUUCUGCCAAACCUGGAACGCCUUAAGGAACAGGGAGCCUGUGGGCGUCUUGGCCCUACCCAGCCCUGCUGCAGGGGGAGUCUGGGCCCAGGAGCCCUGUUGCUGGCGCUUCUCAGUGCCCAGCAGUGCUGGCCUCUCCCUAGUGGUCACUGCAGUAGCCACUAGGUGGACUGAGGCCCCGCCCUCAGGGAAGGCCCAAGCCUUCAGAACCCUCCUUACCUCACUGCAUUCUCCCUGCUCCCCCCAGAGCCCCCAUGUUUAUAAAUAGACUCUUAAGGGUCUGGGGAGAGGGGUCAUUUUCUUAGUGUGGUGCCAAGCAAGGCCUUUUCUGAAUAAACUCGUUUGACUUUGAGUCUC